ACAAACCAACCUCAGAGUCUCUCAAUUUCACAGACUCUACAAAACACAAACCAGAUUUCUCUUUCUCUCCCUAAGACCCUAACCCUUCUUUCUGCAACUUUUUUCGAUGGAGCCUGUAAAAGUAGCGGUACCGGUGCCGGUGCCGGAACCAGUUCAGGUGGUGAAGGAAACACCACCGGAGACAAAGCUGAAGCAAGAAGAGUUCAUUUUCCGAUCAAGACUCCCCGACAUUUACAUCCCAAGCCAUCUCCCACUACACUCUUAUUGUUUUGAAAACAUAUCACAAUUCAGUUCACGUCCAUGUCUCAUAAACGGCUCCACCGGCGAGAUACACACUUACGCCGACGUCGAGCUCAUCUCUCGAAGAGUCGCCUCCGGACUUAACAAACUAGGCAUUCAACAAGGCCAAGUGAUCAUGAAUUUACUACCCAAUUUGCCAGAAUUCGUCUUCGCCUUCCUCGGGGCUUCAUAUCGCGGAGCCAUGACCACGACGGCGAACCCGUUUUAUACGCCGGCGGAGAUUGCCAAACAAGCCAAGACAUCCAAUACUAGACUGAUAGUGACACAAGCUUGUUAUGUGGAGAAGGUGAAGGAGUUAGCAGAAGAGAAUGAUAUUAAGAUUGUGUGCAUUGACUCGGCCCCAGAUGGGUGUAUUCAUUUCUCCGAGUUGACUCAGUCAGACGAGAAUGAUAUGCCAAGUGUCGAGAUCUCAUCGGAUGAUGUCGUGGCUCUUCCUUUCUCAUCUGGGACCACUGGUUUACCUAAGGGUGUGAUGCUGAGUCAUAAGGGUUUAGUGACGAGUGUGGCUCAACAGGUUGAUGGGGAUAACCCCAACUUGUAUCUAACGAGUCAGGAUGUGUUGCUAUGUGUGUUACCUUUGUUUCAUAUUUACUCUCUCAAUACAGUGUUAUUGUGUGGGCUACGAGUAGGGGCAGCUAUCCUGAUCAUGCGGAAGUUUGAGAUUGUGGCCUUGAUGGAGUUGGUGCAAAAGUAUAAGGUGACAUUUGCACCGUUGGUUCCACCAAUAGUUUUGUCGAUCACGAAGAGUUCUGUUGCGGCGAGUUACGAUCUAUCGUCGAUCACGAAAGUGAUGUCUGGGGCGGCACCCAUGGGAAAGGAGCUUGAGGAUGCCCUUAGAGACUUGCUUCCCAAUGCAAAGUUUGGUCAGGGAUAUGGGAUGACAGAGGCGGGACCAGUGUUGUCAAUGUGCUCAGCUUUUGCAAAGGAGCCAUUUGAUAUAAAAUUAGGAUCAUGUGGGACCGUUGUCAGGAAUGCCGAUUUGAAGAUCCUUGAUCCUGAGACAGGUGUCACUCUCCCAAGAAAUCAGCCCGGAGAAAUUUGCAUUAGAGGGGCCCAGAUCAUGAAAGGUUACCUCAAUGAUCCUGAAGCAACAGAGAGAACCAUUGACAAAGAAGGUUGGUUACAUACCGGCGAUGUCGGUUUAAUCGACGACAAUGAUGAGAUGUUCAUUGUGGAUAGAUUGAAGGAAAUAAUCAAGUACAAAGGUUUCCAAGUAGCGCCUGCUGAGCUUGAAGGCAUGCUCAUUGCUCAUCCACAAAUAUCUGACGCGGCUGUAGUCCCAAUGAAAGAUGAACUUGCUGGUGAGGUUCCAGUUGCAUUUGUUGUGAAAUCCAAUGGUUAUGAGAUAACGGAGGAUGAUAUCAAGAAAUAUAUCUCAAAACAGGUGGUGUUCUAUAAAAGAAUCAGCCGGGUUUUCUUCAUCGAUGCCAUUCCUAAAGCGCCAUCUGGCAAAAUCUUACGGAAGGAUUUAAGAGCAAAGCUGGCAAAUGGUGUUCCCAACUAGUUAUUUUGAAAGCCACUCUAUCCUGCCAUACUACCAUAUAUUCUGUGGGAGAAAAAGGAAAAUUCUGUGGCAAUUCCUCCAUUGAUCUCCCUAUUUUAACGUUGUGAUUCUUUUGGCCCUUCAAUCAAAUUAUUCAUUUGUUAAGGAUUACUUCUAUUCACUCUAAACUUUAUAUUUUUGUGGUGA